UUAACGCCAACCGUGGGCGCACGCUCUGGCCCUAUUGCCAAGGUUAGCCCGGCACCGGCCACCGUCAUCAUCCCGACGUCCCGGACAGCACCCCAAGCCCGCAAUUCGCGGUCUCGCCGCACAGGCAUUGACGACUGUGGUGCUCUAAUCCCAUUUUACCUCUCAAUCGACUCUCGCUCGACCGGGGGCCCGCGCAAAUAUGGGUUUCGUGGGCGUCUACUCGGCUGUGUACGAUUACCAGCCUCAGGGAGAGGGGGAACUCGAGAUCCACGAGGCGACCUGCUCUACGUCUUGGAGAAGAGCGCAGAAGAUGACUGGUGGAAAGCCAAGAAGAAGGCGGAAAGAGACGACGAAGAUGAGCCAGAAGGCCUAGUUCCAAAUAACUAUGUGGAGGAGGCGCAACCGGUUCACCACGCCAAGGCCCUCUACGACUACACGCGGCAAACCGACGAAGAAGUUUCGUUUUCGGAAGACGCGGCGAUACUGGUGUACGACACUUCAGACCCCGAUUGGACCUUAGUGGGAGUCAAUGAUGAUUUUGGGUUUGCCCCAUCGAAUUACAUCGAAAUCUUGGAGGAUGUCACGCCUACCGCCGCCGUGCCUCCUCUGGAAGAGGAGCCCGAAGCACCAGCUCUACCUCAGCGACCCACACGGCCUGCCAAUGGCGACCAUGAAGAGGCACCCUCUCCUUCUGUGCACAAUCCUGCGGCCGCGGCCAUCGCCGACAUCAUACAUAAGCAGCAUGCUCCUUCCAGUGGCUACGCGGGCCCCUCUCGCGAGGAGUCCCCGCCUCCUCAACUCCCGACCCGACCCUCUGAAGACCAUCACUUCUCCAAUACCGUCCCAUGCGCCCGAAGAAGAGGCAACUCCUGUCGCACCCCCGCGCCCGACGGUGCAAGCGCCCCUAUGAGCCGUGAUGCACCCUACGUCAAAGAAUCACCGCCUUACAAUCGAGCAGGGGAAUUGACACCUCGAUCACCUUCCGGUUAUCAUAUCUACAAUGUCAAUGAGAUGGUGGAGGUGAUGGGGAAGCGCAAGAAGAUGCCAACGACAUUAGGCGUCAAUAUGGUCACCGGGAUCAUCUUCAUUUCUCCGGAGGGUGAUGACCGUCAGCAAGAGUGGACUGCUGAUAAACUGACCCAUUACUCCAUUGAGGGAAAGCACGUUUUCGUUGAUCUUGUUCGCCCGAGCAGGAGCAUCGAUUUUCAUGCAGGUGCUAAAGAUACCGCUCAAGAGAUUGUUGCGGCCCUUGGCGAGAUUGCCGGUGCAUACCGCGCAGAGGGGUUUCGCGAGGUCCUGGAUGCUGCAAAGGGCGGAGGCGGCCAAAAGAAAGGUAUCAUGCUGUACGAUUUCAUGGCCCAGGGUGAUGAUGAGGUGAGCGUCGCAGUAGACGAUGAAGUCAUCAUCCUCGACGACACCAAGUCAGAAGAAUGGUGGAUGGUGCGGCGCUUGAAGAAUGGCAAAGAAGGUGUCGUUCCCAGCAGCUAUGUAGAAGUCACUGGAUUUGUCUCCACUCUACCAAACCCAGAUGAUCUGGCGAUGAAUACUGUUGAAAGGAAUCGCCAAGAGGAGGCGAGGCUGACCAAGGCAGCCGUUGGCAAGUCAAGAACUGACUCGAUGGACUCCAGCAAGCGCGACAGCAAGUCCAAGUCUAAACCAGAUUUCUCUAAAGUGAGGAAGUGGACCGAUCGCAGUAAAGCAUUCACAGUCGAGGCACAGUUCAUUGGUCUGCAAGAUGGGAAGAUCCACCUUCAUAAAGUGAACGGUAUUAAAAUUGCGGUCCCUAUUGCGAAGAUGUCCGUUGAGGAUCUGGAAUACGUUGAGAAGGCCGCUGGUGUUUCUUUGGACGAGGACAAGCCUCUCUCCAGUAUCCGGAACCGAGCAGUUUCUGAUGCGAAACCAAUUGGUAACGCAGGCGCUUCUGUGCAGCGUCCUGAGUACGACUGGUUUGAUUUCUUCUUGAAAGCUGGCGUAGGACCCCACCAAUGUGAACGAUAUGCGCAGAACUUCCUCAAAGAUUCUAUGGAUGAUAUCUGGACAACACCCUUGGUCGUGUGGGCAAGAACUCGCGACUCCGUAAUGUCAGUUUCGGCGGAGAAGAAGUUAUCGAGGAAGGGGGGGCUCUUCUCUGGGCCUGGUGGUACAUUGCGCAACAAUACUCGCAAGGGCAGACCAACCCCAGCUGUCCAAGCCGGUGAUGUGGUCGAUCCAAAGGCCUUUGCGCAAAAGGAUGCAGAGGAGAAGGGAGAGGAACGUACAGCGACUCCUCCAGCUCCUGUGGAGAAAGAGAAACCUGUUACACGUGGGUUCGAUGAUGAUGCUUGGGAAGUGAAGAACCCCAAGCCUACGAGCUCCUCUGCGCCUGCUGCUUCGACGCCACCUCCUACAUCCCCACCCGCUGCCCAAGCUCCAGUCCCCAAGCAAGUCACCGGGGCCAUGGCAGACCUAACAUUGCUUCAAGCACCUCUGCAGCCUCAAAGGACUGCCACUGCACCACCGUCUGCGUCGCCUAUACCAGCUUUACAGCCACAGCAGACUGCAGUCCAGACACCUCCUGUGCAGGCCCAGGCCACAGGUGCUACCCCGGACUUCUUCAAUAAGAUAGCAUCUAUGGGAGCGGCGGCUCGACAGCAGCGUCCACAGCCCACUCAAGCAAUGAACCAGAACUCACUUCUCCCACCACCCCCACAGCGCCCCCUUUCGGCUCCUCAAAAUUUUUCUCAGCAGCAAAGCGCCUUUGGGCCACCGCCAUUACAAGCUCAGUUGACAGGAGUCCCGCAAGCUGGUCCUCCCGUUGCUGCCCCUGGUCAGAGCUUAGCUGAGCUCAACCAGCAGCGCCUUCAGCCACAGGCUACUGGUUUCAUUCCACCGAAUCAGUUCCAGAAUGGUCUAAUACCUCAGCAGACUGGCGUCAUGAUGCCUCAGCAGACCGGUAUCAUGAUGCCUCAGCCAACUGGGUUCACCCCGCAGUCGCAAUUCGGUAUCCAGCAACAACAGCAGCAGUUUGGAAAUGGCAUGCCCGGGCCAAAUCAACCUGGCUUCCCGGGAAUCGCUGCGCAGCCUACAGGCUUUGGCGGAUUUGCGCAACCCCAGCAACCUAUGCAAACCGGCAUCAAUUCUGUCCUUCCCCCAGCAUUGCACCCCCAGCGUACAGGCAUGAAUGGUUUUGGAGGUACAACUUUCAAUCAACCUCCGCCUCCAGUGCCGCCAAUCCCUCAGCAGCCAACUGCCGCUCCUCUGACUCCUCAGAAAACCGGUCCUCCGCCUCCUAUCAGGUUUGGUGUGAAGCCCAAUGAGCCCAAGCGACUUGCACCUCAGCCGACGGGUUUGCGAGCGAACCUUGCUCACGCCACACCGCACAACCCAUUUGGUUUUGAUUAG